AUGGUUUUACCUCCAAGUUUUCAAAGUGAUAAUCCUAAUCAAGUGUGCAGAUUGGUGAGAUCCCUGUAUGGUUUGAAGCAAGCUAGUAGGCAGUGGAAUGACAAGCUAACUGGAGCUUUGCUAAGCAAUGUUGCAGGCAACAAUCCAGUCCAGAUUAAUCAAUUGAAGCAGUUUCUGGACAGAUCUUUCAAGAUCAAAGAUCUUGGCCAAUUGAAUUUCUUUCUUGGCAUUAAGGCUUUCAGAAAUUCCAAGGGGCUUAACAUUUGUCAGAGAAAAUAUACUCUUGAGAUCUUAGAAGAGAAUGGAUUCCUGGAAUCCAAGCCUGCAAAUACUCCUUUCACUACAGGUCUAAGGCUCACUAAUCUGGAAGGAGAUCUACUUGAUAACCCUGGAAUCUAUAGAAGAUUGGUUGGUAAAUUGCUAUAUUUAACCAACACUAGACCUGAUAUUUCCUAUGCUGUGCAACAGUUAAGCCAAUUUGUUGAUAAGCCAAGACAUACUCACUUAACAGCAGCUCAUAGAGUGUUGAGAUACUUGAAAGGAUCUCCUGGAAAUGGCUUAUUUUAUUCAUCAAAUUCUGAUAUCAAAGUGCAAGGCUUUUCUGAUUCUGAUUGGGCAACAUGUGCAGAAAGUAGAAAGUCCAUAACUGGCUAUUGCAUUUACAUUGGAAAGUAUCUAGUCUCAUGGAGAACCAAGAAACAAGCCACCAUUUCCAGGUCAUCAUCUGAGGCUGAAUAUAGAGCUUUAGCAUCAACUGUUUGUGAGAUCCAAUGGUUGAUAUAUUUGUUGGCAGAUUUGAAGAUACACAUUGACAGCCCUGUGGCCUUGUUUUGUGAUAAUAGAUCUGCCAUUGCUAUAGGGGAAAACUUUGUGUUCCAUGAGAGAACCAAACAUAUAGAAAUCGAUUGUCAUGUAGUAAGACAAAAGAUUCAUGAAGGGGUUAUCAAGCUACUGGCAAUAUCUUCACACAAUCAGAAUGCUGAUGGUUUCACUAAGGCUUUGCCUAAGCCAUCUUUUGAUUUUUUUCACUCUAAGCUAGGCCUUCAAGAUCUUCAUGCUCCAGCUUAA